UCGUCCCCUUGCCGUCCCGUACGCCAACAUCGCAUGCAUCGGCUCCGGCACCGCCGUGCUCCAGGCCGUUUCAUGGGAUUUUUUCUUCCGGAGUUUUUUUUUAAAGGAAAUAGGAUUCCCCCCUUCUCCGAUUCAGAUUUGCAACCCGGCUCGAAUUCCCACUCGAUGCCUCUAUUUAAUCGCGAGCCCACCCCGCCCAACAACAGCCAGCACUAAAUUAUGUAUUCUCCAAUGCCUAGGAAGGAUGCCUCCCCUCGCCGGUGGCGGCGGCGGCUGCUGCGCGAGGACCGCCUCAGUGACCUCUCUGACGACCUGCUUCUCGAAAUCCUGCGCCGCGUCGACACGCAUACCGCACUCGGCGCCGCGGCGCUCUCCAGGCGCUGGGCCAGCCUCCCGCGCGAGCUCCCCGCCAUGGAUCUCAAGGUCACGGACAUACUGCCGCCGCGCUACCACCGCCUCUACCUCCUCCGCGACGACGCCAGGGAAUCGAAGAUCAGCUCGACUCUGCAGGACAGGAGGCGUCUAGAAGCCAUCACCGGGCGGUACGAGCGGCGUGCCAUGCGCGCCAUGAUCUGCUCCGUCAAGAGACUCCUGGCCAGCCGAGCUCAGCGGCGCGUGGAGAGGCUUUCGCUCGAGGUCUUCGCGUACAGCACCUCGCCCUGCAUCAACCGCCUUGUCGUGGACGCCGUCGACUCCUGGGGCGUCCGGGAUCUGGAGGUUGUUGCCACGCCGACGGGGCCGCUCGCUUUUCCGGACCCGCCGCCCUACAGCUUCCCUUGUGGCCUCAUCAGCAGGAAGCCGGCCGGUCAGUCCCGCCUGCGAAGCCUCAGGCUGGCCAACUGCUUGCCCCCGCCGCUCCGGGGGUUCACCGCGCUCACCACGCUCGUCCUGCGAGACUUGCCCUCUUCCACGCCGGCGGCCACCUACGAGGGAGUGGUCGCCGCGUGCCCGCAGCUGCAGGUGCUGCACCUCGUGUCGUGCGAGUUCACGAGCACAACCCGCAGGCUCGUACUGGACGCGCCCAUGUCGGAAAUCAGGGAGCUUUUACUCGACGGGGAGCUCAUGGUAGUGGAGCUUCGGUCUCUUCCCAAGCUCGAGAGUCUCACCAGCUUGCACGCCGACGUGAUUCUGUGCUCCACUGCCGCCGCGCCGUGCCUUGCGCGCGUGAGCCUGGCCUUUUCCGUAGGCCCGCUGGAAGGGGACAGUUUCGCCGCGCUGAACCGCCGGCAUCAAGACUGCUUGAUUCGCAUGCUCUUGGAGUUCUUCCAAGGUGCCAUCAGUGUGAAGGAUCUCGUCCUGCGGUUUACUGGGCCAGAGAUGUGGAUCCUCCCUAAGAAUCCCUUCUCUGCAAUGUCAAACCUGAGAAGGCUUCUCGUUGCGGAUGUGCCUUCGUCGUGGGACAUCUCAUGGCCGCAUCUCCUCAUCCAGGCGGCGCCAUUGCUUGAAAGCCUUUACGUCCAUGCCUCCCAUGGCGAAGACGAGACGCGUCAGGAGGUACUGGGUGAAGCCUCCUCUUCUUCACGCCAUCACCAUUUGAAGGAGCUGGUUGUCAUCAGCUUUCAGAGAACGGAGAGGCAGAUGCACCUUGUGAGGUUCGCCGUGGAGAUAUCAACGGCACUGAAGCGUGUCUCUCUGCUCAAGCAUGGACAUGUCAUGGACAAGGGACCGUCUUGUGACUGGGAGGUGGUGAGCCAGCCGAGCACAUGGAGCCAUGAGGAGGGACUCGCCGUUCUCGAUGGGAUAGGUUGUUCGGCGGGACAGAUCCAAGUGAUCCUAGGUUGAAAUCCCCGCAGUCACUUAUCUUAAUUUAUGAUGCUCAUGAGCUUUUAUCUUGUCAGCUUUGAGAAAUGAAGGUCGAUCGAUGUACUUUCUAGCUCCCCAAUUCAAAUAAUUGGAGAGGGUGGGAUUUUUUACCUCCCCUUCCAGUAUACUGAAGAAAAGAUUGCUUUAUGUAAUUCACAUGCCAUGUAUCUUGACUGAAACAUUUCAUUCAGCUAUCUUAGUGCUGCUUUUUUUUUUCUUUCUUAAUAACUUGCUGGACAAAGAGAUCAUGUACUGUGCUUGAAUAUCAUUGUUCAUGUUUUCUCCUCUUAUAA